AUGACCUCAACCUGCCUUGUCCGGAAUAUGCUUGACUUGCCACGCGAGCUGCGCGACAUGGUGUACUCGUACUUCUGGGAUGAACUGACCGUCCAUUCUCUCCCACUUGCUCGAGUCCUCGAUUCGGGUGGCGUAUUAACCAAGAUACCGCAAAUCGCAGACAAGAAGCUCGUCGGCGAGCAAAUAGCAGCAGAGGCAGUGGGUUGGCUAUACAACAACUCGCUCCAUCUUACCAUCAAUCGGCCCUCGGGUCUGCCAGGGUUCCUCAGCGACGACAUCUUCGCAACUGGCGUGCGUGCUGAAGCAUGUAGUCUGCGUCGACUUACCAUCGAGAUCACGGACAUGGACUGCGACGUGUCAGGCUUACAAGCACUCACGACGGCAAAGCUUCGAAACGACUUUCAUCUACAUAUUCGAAUCGGCCUCGGGUCCAAGAGCAUCAAAGGUAUCGUUCACCUCGGCGUUCGACUCGCAGAAUUACCUAUUCCCGCGAGUGAUGCCAUGAUCGUAGCAGAAGACGUGGAACCGUGGGAUGUGACAGAUCUGAUGGGAGAACCAUACUUGGCUUGGGAAGACGCUCUACAUGGCGUGUUGUGA